GGCGUGAAGUUAGGACAAGGAGUCAAGCUGAAGCUGUACAAUUGAAAUCCCCGCGACGACGAUCAUGAUGAAGAUAAUGACAAGGGCGACAAUGGCUUCUUCUUCUCCUGGUUCCGGUACAUGCAUGCUUUCUCUUCCUCCCCAUUUCUUGUCUUCAUCACAAAAUAACUUUCAGUCGAAAUCCCUUCAUUUUAAUACCCUCGAUGAUGCCCUCUCUUCUUUUCAUCGAAUGCUUCAUAUGCAUCCUCCUCCCCCCAUCUUUGAAUUCGCUAAACUUUUAACCUCCAUCGCUAAAAUGAAACACUACUCCACUGUGCUUUCUCUUUCCAAGAAAAUGGAUUCUUUUGGAAUUCCACCUGAUGUUUACACUCUCACCAUCGUCAUCAACUCUUUCUGCCAUUUGAAUCGGGUGGACUUCGCUUUAUCCGUUUUAGCCAAAAUCCUCAAACUUGGGCAUCAACCCGACACCGCAACCUUCACCACUCUGGUUAGGGGGCUCUGUGUUGUGGGUAAAAUUGGUGAAGCCCUCGACGUGUUUGAUAAAAUGGUUGGGGAAGGUUUUCAACCCAAUGUAGUCACUUAUGGAACUCUGAUGAACGGGUUAUGCAAAGUGGGCAACACUAGUGCCGCCAUCAGGUUACUUAGGAGCAUGGUACAAAAAUGUUGUCAGCCUAAUUUAAUUGCUUAUAACACCAUCAUUGAUAGCCUUUGUAAGGAUAGACAACUAACUGAGGCUCUCAACCUUUUCUCUGAGAUGAUCGCUAAAGGCAUUUCACCUGAUAUUUUUACUUACAACUCAUUAAUUCACGCUCUGUGUAAUUUAUGUGAGUGGAAACAUGUCACAACACUGCUCAAUGAAAUGGUAAAGAGCAAGAUAAUGCCAAAUGUAGUUAGUUUAAAUAUAGUGGUGGAUGCACUCUGUAAAGAAGGAAAGGUCACAGAGGCACAUGAUGUAGUCGACAUGAUGAUUCAAGGAGGUGUGGAGCCUGAUGUAGUUACCUACGCUGCAUUGAUGGAUGGACACUGUUUGCGAUCUGAAAUGGACGAGGCAGUUAAAGUAUUUGAUAUGAUGGUUCGAAAUGGCUGUGUGUGUAAUGUUGUCAGCUAUAACACCUUAAUCAAUGGUUAUUGCAAGAUUCAAAGGAUAGAUAAGGCCAUGUAUCUCUUUGAAGAAAUGUGUCGACAAGAAUUGAUUCCUAACACCAUGACUUACAGCACUCUUAUACAUGGCUUGUGCCAUGUGGGAAGACUCCAGGAUGCAAUAGCACUUUUUAAUGAGAUGGUAGCUUGUGGCCAAAUUCCAAAUCUUGUUACUUACAGCAUUUUAUUGGACUAUCUAUGCAAAAAUCAUCGUCUUGCUGAAGCUAUGGCUUUGUUGAAAGCUAUUGAAGGCAGUAAUUUGGAUCCAGAUGUACAAGUUUAUAAUAUUGCCAUUGAUGGGAUGUGUAGAGCUGGUGACCUUGAAGCUGCAAGGGACCUCUUUUCUAAUCUUGCCCCCAGAGGUUUGCAGCCUGAUGUUUGGACUCAUAAUAUUAUGAUCCGUGGGCUUUGUAAAAGAGGGUUAUUAGAUGAGGCAAGUAAGUUAUUUAGGGAAAUGGAUGAGAAUGGUUGCUUGCGGAAUGGUUGCACUUACAAUACAAUUACCCAAGGACUUUUACAAAAUAAUAAGACAUCAAGAGCAAUUCAACUUCUUGAAGAAAUGCUUGCAAGGGGAUUUUCUGCUGAUGUGUCCACCACCGCAUUGUUGGUGAAAAUGUUAUCUGAUGAUGGAUUGGAUCAAUCUGUAAAACAAAUUCUAUGUGAGUUCAUGCGGUGAAGAGUUAUGAUAUUCAUCAACUCUAAAUAUGAAAUUUUUGGAGGGUCUCACUCUUUCUUGUAGUUGGGUAAUUGUUAAUAUCACUUGUAAGUUACAGUUAUACUUGUGUGUAAUAUUGUUGCAACUUUUAUAAAUAUUUGUUGUUCUCUCAGUACAGUCAAUAUUUUCAAAACUGUAGUAUGUAGGAUAUUAGUGAUAGCAUUCCUUUUUGUCUUGCAAAAAGCAAAUGUCAAAUCUGAAGGAUGUCAUCUUUUGUUAUAUUUUAUCAGCAGAUUCUAAAAUUUUAAGAUUUUUCUUUAAUGAAGGAUGUGAUAUUUUGUUAUGCUUAA